AUGGGAACGCAAGUGACCUGCAAUGAGACGGACGAUGAUCGCGACUGGGCCUGGGUCUUGGAGCUCUUGGAAUUGCUGGGCCCCAAGCACGUGAUGGCACUGGCCGUGGGCAACGAGAUGGAGCUGCUGCAGUUCAAGCCACCUGAUGUGGUGCCACGCGCGUGCGCUCAACAGAUCUGGUCCGGUGGCUAUUUCUACCGGAAGCUCACCGAACGCGUGAAGAGUCUCAACGAGCUCAAGGGAUUUCAGGAUGUUCUGCUGACCAGCGUCUUUGGCGGCUACAUCAUUGCUGGAAACCCCUUCGUGGACACACCCAUGGCCAAGGUCUUGUCUUUCCUCCAGAACGUCACCGAUGACUAUGGUGACCGAUGGGUCUUCACGCUGAACGUGUAUCCCUACUUUGAUCCUGGGAAUCGCUUGGAUCCCAAUAGUACCUCCGGAUGCUCCAGCGCCUUGGAGAAAUCCUUAUGCUUUGAUGGCCCGGGCUGCCUCCUUCCAUCAAUCACCUCCACCAUGCGGAGAUCUAUGGAGAAGUUGACCGGAACGAAGUCUGGCAAACUGUGGCUGGGGGAGACCGGCUGGUCCUACCCUCAAGCGUCCACCCUGCCAGGGGCAAAUGCUCAGAUGGCCAAGUGCAAGAACUUCUCCUCAGAGUUGGCCUUCCGCACGUACUAUCAGAACUUCCUGAAGUGGAACCUCAGCAUCGGCACGGAUGAAAGAGGCCCAGACCACGUCUUCUAUUUCACCCUGAGGGAUUCGGUGAACUUUGGUGUCGGUGAGCACUUUGGGCUCAUCGAAAGUUGCGACAGCGAAAGCUGCAAGUUGGAGGACGACCACGACUUCAGCGAGAUUCUCAGCCACUGGGACCAAGUCCUGCAGUCCUUGGAUCGCCUCAGCACCUACACCGCCGAGCGUGCCGGAGACGGCAAAGCGGCCUGCUGCCGAACGGAACGCCCUCUUCUGUUGGGGCAGACGCCUGAAGGGAGCGAGUGGCAAGCACUGCGGAAGCCAGGUGGAUAUCCCUGCCGUCCUGCAGGAGUUUCGCUGGAAGCAAGGGAGCUGCAGGUGUCUGCGAGCCUUCCGGAAGAACGCUCCCAAGGCACCUCGCGCGACCACGACGCCCCCGUGCCCCGCUCGGUCGGCUUCCCCGACGGGCCGCUUCCGCAACGCGCGCUCGGUGAGCGGCCGCGGGUGCUGGUGGAGCGACUCGCACGGGAGGAAGCAUGUGGUGUGCUGCAGCUGAUCGUGAAUGCUUGGAGAGAGGAGCGCUGGAAACAGGGGCUGCGGGCGAAGGCCGUCCUGAUGCAAAAUGCCUUGAAAUCCGAACGAGAGAAGCUUCGCAGGCGGGUGGCCCUCGCAGACCAGGUGCAGCUGAAGGAGGCCCUCCGGCUGUCCUUCCAUGCAUGGCACUUGGAGGGACGCCACAGCAAGGCACUCAAGGCCGAUCGGAUGGGGUGGAACAUGGUGGAACUUCUAAGAGAUCGGUUGGGAUCCAUGCUUUCUGUUGCCUUUGAUGGGCCGGACGGAGGGGCUGGCGAUUGGAGCUUCCGUGAACGAGCCGUGAGCGCCCUUCAGGCGUUAGCACAAGAGCGAGAUGAUGCCGUGGCAAAUGCAGCGGCUUCCAAGACAGAGCUGCUGCGAGAGCAGCGCCACGAGCAGAGCUCCGGCUUCCCAGUUCCCGGCCUCGGCGGUGCGACCGAGGCCCUGGUGGACGCCCAGCAACAGCUGGCAGUGCUGAAAGCAGAGCUGGCAAGAUCCAAGGCGGCUCCGGCAGAAGCCAAGACCAGCGACAGCGAGCGGUGUAGGCAGCUGACCGAUCUCAGCAUCCGUUUGGCGCGCAGCGAGGCGCGCGAGGCUGAAGCGAAGGCCUUCCUGGAGCAACUUCGCCGGCCGCUGGAGCGUGCGCUGGAGGCGCUGAAAGACGAGAAGAACGUGAAAGGGACGGUGGUCCACCGUGAGCUUUGCUGCCAGCUGUACCAGCUCCUAGAGCGGCUCCGUGUCGAGGGCACACCGAAGCCAAAGGAUGCCAAGGCCGGGCCGGGCUUCACGAACGCCAGGCCCUCGUCCUUCAGCUUGCCCAGCCUCUCCACGGCCUCCUCGCCCAGCGCGCGCAGUCGAAGCAAAAACUCGGAGCGGUACCUCCGUCAAACUUCACUGGUCUCCCCACAGCCCUUUCGGAAGCCCGGAAGCCCUCGAUUCACGGUGGCUCAAGCGGCGACGGCGGACGUGCGGUGGAAGGACCUGGCGGCAGGGGGCGGAGUUGGUGGAUUUGAGACACUUGAUACGGGGCACAAUGCUAAGCUAGGCGCUUGGAAGCGUGAUGUGGUGACGGGACACCAGGCAAUGACCACCACUGGUGGCAGUACCUGGGAUGCGGCGUUCCGGUUAUGCGACUUCUUGGAAGCAGAGUGGCAUGGUGGUUUGACACCAGAUGGCCCCAAGGCGGUGCUCGAACUAGGUGCUGGCACUGGAUGGCUGGGCAUGACGGUGGCCCGCAACUGCCCGUGCCAUGUGUGCCUCACGGAACAGGCGGAGGGUGGCGCCAUGGAGUGGCUUCAGGAGAAUCUGGCCCAGAACGUGGCUGCAGGUUUGCCUCUGCAGGGCGUGACGCUUCAGGAGUUGGACUGGAACGCUUGGGAGGCACCGGGCGGUGCUCCGGCGGCGGCCUCGCUCCCGCGGCCGGCGAGCGGAGGGGCUUGGGACUUGUUGAUCGGAUCUGACCUGAUCUACUCCGAGGUGGGUGUGAGAUGCCUACCACGGGUCCUGAAGAGCUUCAUCGAGGAGUUUCCGGAGGCCACCAUGCUGUACUGCCACACGCUGCACCGCUUCGAUGACUUCGACCUGGAAUUCUGUCGAGCUUUACAUGACCAAGGCUUGGCCUACCAAGUGGUGGCUGCAGAGGGUGCAUCAAGGUCUGUGGAGGUGGGCGAUGACUUGGACCCGUUGGACGAUGAAGGUCAAGGCUUCCUCCAGGAGCUCUUCCCAGCCCAGCGAGUGGUGGUGUUCCACAUCACGCGCGAUGUAACCAGGCGCUGGUUUUCUCCAUCCCUGGCCAGGUGCUCCGAGGGCACAGGUGCACCGGCUUCGGUUUCGGCCAAAGCAGCCGAAGUGGCCGAGGCAGACGUGGUCCAGGUCGGGCAGCUCAAGAUCUUCCUACCUGGCGCGGAGGUCACUCACUCGCACGAUCCGCACGAAACAGAGGAGCUGGUCUUGAGGCUGGUCAAUCUAGGGCCCUUCGGCUCAGGGCAACAUCCCACCACCUUCCUCAUGCUGAAAGCCAUGCAGGAGAUGACUUGGGCUGGCCUCUCCAUGUGCGACUAUGGCUGUGGAAGUGGCGUAUUGGGUCUACUGGCAUUGAGGCUGGGUGCGAAGCGAUGCCUGGGGGUGGACAAUGUGCCAGAUGCCCUACUCGCGGCGCAAGACAAUGCCAGGGCCAACGAGUGCCUUGAGCGCUUUGAGUUGCACUUGCCCCCAGCGGAGGUCUUGGACAAGGACUUGGACUUCUACACACGAGAAGGUGAUUGGCGCAGCUCCACCAUUGCCUGGACCCCGUUGAUCCCAGAGGAGGUGGAUGUAGUCCUGGCCAACAUCGUGGUGGGACCGUUGUGCCGCUCCGCCAAGAUGGUGGGGCAGCUGCUACGGCCAGAUGGUCAGGUCCUUUUGGCUGGGAUGAAAGAGUUCCAAGUGAAGCAAGUUGAAGAGGCCAGACGUGGCUCUUUGCAAGAAGGCAUCAUCCAAUUCAUUUCUGUUCAACUAAGAUUGGCCAAUAUCUGA